AUGCCUGCCGCUUGUUCAUCAGAUGACCAUCUGAUGAACGUUUUGGAGCGUCCACAAGCGUUUGGAUGUACUACGAGUGAGUGCGAUGGCCUCGCUUGUGGUACGGUCGUUAGUACGACUGCACAAAACCUUAGUGUAACAAACGGUUACACUUCGGAGCAAAGUUCCGGCGGCUGUGAGGAAACACAGGCUGCGCCGAAGGUCCACCACUCGAAUAAGUCGGGUGGACUGGGACAAAGAUGUAUCCCUAGCGGGGAACAUCUAGAAGAGAAACAAUCGAUCGCUCAGGUUAAGCGAAACGAUAAUCCUAGAUCGACUGGAGAGUUUUUCGUAGAGGAUCUCGCUGUGGUUGCGCAACCCCAGCUAGAGGAAGUAAAGGGAAUAAGUCCCAAGAUUACAAACACGGCGGAAAUAAGUUCCCCGAAACCCGCGGGAAUAAGUCCCCGGGAAGCCGAAGGAGUAAGUCCUGCGAGGCCUGAGGGAAUAAGUCCCCAGGAAAUGACAGAGACAUUAAAUGUCAUAGUCAAUAACGGAUCAAGUGUAGGCGCUUAUACACUUGAUCUGAUUGCGCCUCCGAAGUUAACUUCGGAGAUCACUCAGUUGCCAACGCUCGAACAUAAAAGAUUCUUGCGUGAUCUGCGUAGUGGCAAAGUCAAGCAGAUCUGCAUACUCGUCGCUGAAGACGAGUGUGUAGCCGACAUAAGGUCAGCAACAGUGUUCACUGAGAACGAGAGAGUUCUCAGUAGUUCAUCUAUGGACGAGAGUGUCCUAGAUGAAAAGACACGAAUUGAGCGAUAUGACUCCCAAUCAUGGGAAUCGCUCAAGAAAAAUCCUCUCUAUGAAGAUUUGGUUGAAUUCAAGGAUGUAUUCCCUGAAACUGUUCCGUGCGAAUUACCGAAGGAUAAAGGUAUUCGACACGAGGUCGAGCUUAAACCAGGCUCGAAGUACUGUGUCAUGAAGCAGUGGCCACUGCCUCGUGAACAAGUACUUGCGAUCGACAAGUUCUUUGCCGAUCGUUUAGCUGCGGGCCAUGUGAGGGGAAUCAACUUCCCCACAUAG